UGAAGAAAAUAUUAUUUUUCACGCUCUUUAUAUAAAUAUAUUCAACAACACUCUCAAGUCAUAACGAAACAUAAAAGAGUAAAGAUAAAAAUAAAUAAAAUGAAGUGUCCGUACUGUUCAUCGGCGCAAGGACGGUGCGCCACCACGAGCUCCGGCAUAUCGAUAACGGAAUGCACCUCCUGCGGCCGCGUAAUCGAAGAACGCCAAACGCAAAACCACCACCUCUUCCAUCUCCGCGCGCAAGACACUCCUCUCCCCCUCGUCACCGCCGAUCUCCAACCCCCCGCCGCGCAACCGUCCCAAGCCAACGAGGAAGAUCCGUUCGAGCCCACCGGAUUCAUCACGGCCUUCUCCACCUGGUCACUCGAACCGAACCCGAUCUUCGCUCGCUCAUCCCUCUCCUUCUCCGGCCACCUCGCGGAACUCGAACGAACCCUGGAGCUCGCUUCUUCCGGAUCGAAUUCGUCGUCGACGGUUGUGGUGGAUAACCUUAGGGCUUAUAUGCAGAUCGUCGACGUGGCGUCGAUUUUGGGAUUGGAUUGCGAUAUCUCUGAGCAUGCGUUCCAGUUGUUUAGGGAUUGCUGCUCGGCUACUUGCUUGAGGAACAGAAGCGUUGAGGCGUUGGCUACUGCUUGUCUUGUUCAAGCUAUUAGAGAAGCUCAAGAGCCUCGAACACUUCAGGAAAUCUCCAUUGCAGCCAAUGUACAGCAGAAGGAGAUUGGCAAGUACAUCAAGAUUUUAGGAGAAGCUCUACAACUAAGCCAACCCAUCAACAGCAACUCUAUAUCGGUUCAUAUGCCAAGGUUCUGCACCCUCCUUCAACUUAACAAAUCUGCCCAGGAACUGGCAACACAUAUCGGAGAAGUGGUCAUCAACAAAUGCUUCUGCACCCGUAGAAACCCCAUCAGCAUAUCCGCAGCUGCUAUCUACCUAGCAUGUCAGCUUGAAGACAAACGAAAGACGCAAGCAGAGAUUUGCAAAAUAACCGGAUUAACCGAGGUAACCCUUCGCAAAGUCUAUAAGGAACUUCUUGAGAACUGGGACGACCUUCUCCCAUCUAACUACACACCAGCCGUCCCACCAGAGAAAGCGUUCCCCACAACCACAAUCUCUACAACCCGUUCAACAACUCCUAGAGCCGUAGAUCCACCUGAACCGAGUUUAGCGGACAGAGACAAGCCAUCGGUUAAACCCAUUGAAACUUCUGAUCAUGCUCACCAACAACAAGAACAACCCAAAGGCAAAGAAGAUAAGCAUCCGAAAUUCAGACAGCCUUGGCUGUUUGGAACCGCCAGUGUGAUGAACCCAGGGGAGAUGAUAAGCGAGCCGGCGAAAUCACCUAAUGCUCUGGACUUUGAUAAGCAGCAGCUCAGUGAUAAGGAGACACUGCCUACAUAUCUCAGACAACAUAACCAGUUCUCUUCAAGUUCAUCUCCAUCUUCAAGUAUCAGCACAAUCAACUGGUCGUUCAGACCUUCUGGUGGCAACGGGUCCUCAAGCAACUUGCCUGUUGUUCAUCCGCCCAAGCUGCCUCCGGGUUAUGCUGAGAUCAGAGGUAGUGGAUCUCAAUCAGGAAACAAGAAUGCUAAUAACCCCCAUGGAGAUUAGUCAUCAGUGUGAUGAUGGUGACACUCUUCACUUGGAUUUGAAGUUAUUACAUAAACCAAUGCACGAACUCUUGUCUUUGUUCGUAUGCAUCUUGGCUGUACAAUUUCAUAGUCGUUGCUCUCUGGUCUUGUAAACAAUCAGUGGCACACUGGCACUGCAUGAGGAAGAGUACAAGUACAAAGUUAUGCUGCAUAAACCUUUUGUGUCUGAUGGA